AUGAUAUACUAUUUGACACUGAGCCUCAGUUUAUUAUUUGGGAGCGUCGUAGUAGCUUUGUACUACUAUUAUCAAACUACUUAUAAGAAGUUUCAAGCCAUAUUAGCUGCAGAAAAGUUCAAGGAUUUGCCAGAGGUUCAGAAUCCUAUUUCAUUGAAAGUAGAGUCAGGCAAAAUACCGGAAUGGUUUAGUGGUAUAAUGUACCGAGUCGGUCCAGGAAGAUUCAACCUUCAGCAGGAAAAUGGUCCUUCCUUCUCUAUUCGUCAUGCUUUUGAUGGUUUACCUUUUAUGCAUCGCUUUCAUAUCAAUGGCUCAAACCAAACUGUCACUUAUAACUCACGCGUUCUGUUUAAAGCAGCACAAACCUCGUUUGAAGGAAACAAUAAGAAGGACAUCUCGCCUAUAUUCUUUGGCCAUCUUUCUCAAAUCAGCUUUUUGGAAUGGUUCGUGCACUUGGUGAAUCGCAUGCGUGUGCUUAUUCUUUUUCCUACCCCAAAGUCCAAUAUGGCUCCUGACAGUGCUUCUGUAGGCGUUACAGUCACUCCUGGUUUUCCAUUGCCUAAAGCGCUCCACGGCGCAGAGGACAAGGAGAAGGUGUUGGUGUCCAAGACUGACGCAAAUAUACUUCAGAAAAUUCAUGCCGAAACAUUAGAGCCUCAACGUCUUUUCGAUUACGCUGAUUAUGACGCACGCUUCGAUGGUCAAUUCUCUGCCGCUCAUCAUCAAUACGAUCCGAUAACAAAAGAAGUCUUCAACUUUUCCCUUACGAUUACCCCACAACCAAAAUUAAUUGUCUUUAAAAUCUCUCCUGAUGGUAAAACCACUACUAUCUUGUCCACGAUUACUCAUCAUUAUGACAAGAAAACGCCUUUUGGAGCCGCUUACAUCCAUUCAUUUUGGUUAACCAAGAAUUAUGUCAUCAUACCCGAAGCCCCUUUAGCCAUAAAAGAUAAGGGUCUGAACAUGCUUCUCACCGGGUCCUUCUUAUCUAGUAUGUCUUGGGACAUCCAUCGCCCAACGUACUGCCAUGUGAUUCGACGCCACCCAAUCAAUGGCGAGGAUGGCUUAAUUGCCUCUAUUCCUAUAAAAGAUAACUUCUUCACUUUUCAUACUGGAAAUGCGUACGAAAUCACCUGUCCCUCUACAGGUGAUAGUCUCUUGACGUUGAAAAGUGCUUCAUUUGCAAAUGGAGAUAUUAUGCAUCAAUUACAUAGUUAUGGUGUACCUCAUCAUAAGCGCCCUUCUUGGGAUGAUGCCCCCGUCUCUGAUCAGUCUUCGCAUUCGAGAUUUUUAAACGGAUUGAAUCAUCCUCCUCGUCGGCAAACUUGUUUUGGUGAUUUCGUCCAAUAUCAGUUGAAUUUGACCAAAAAUGCUGUUCGUCAAAUUGAUGUGUUGGCAAAAAAUGUCGAGUUUCCACGCUUCAAUCAACAAAAGAGUAUGCUAGAAGAACGUUAUGUCUAUGGUUGCCAAUUGUACGGAUAUACAGAAAAGAAGGAUGAGACAUGCUGCCUUGUCAAAAUUGAUACUACUACUUCCAAGCCAUCAUACUCCAGUGAUAAUGUAUUGACCUAUAUCAAAGAAGGCUAUAUGUGUUCUGAACCGAUUUUUGUUCCCCAACCCUCUGCAACUGAAGAAGACGAUGGUGUUUUAUUAAGCUUGAUGAAUCACGCAGACUGUUGUUAUCUGAUUAUUUUGGAUGCAAAAACAAUGAAAGAAGCAGCACGUGUCAAAAUUGGACAAUUUACAGCUAUUACAUUCCAUGGAUCAUAUGUUGAUCAUGAAUUUGAACCCGUUAACAUUAGCUGA